AUGUCGCGAAGAUGGGAAACCAUUCGAUUCAAUUUGGAAGCAGCAGCGGCCAGUGCCGAAAAACGUCUUCCAAAACCGUAUUCGACACUAUCUGGCUGGACCGUUACUGGACAGUCAAUCAUCAAUACACCGCUUGAUCUGCCCUCGGAAGAACCGCAUAAAUGUCUUGCUAUGCUACAGAAAAUGAUCUCUGAACAUAAUCGCCACUUUAUCGAUUUGGCAGCUAAACAAGCUGAAUUGCAAGAAGCUACCGAGACUGGAGGAUUAGGUGGCCGUCCAGUGGCAGCGGAAUACGUCGAGCCACUGCGACUUCGUAUGUCGGCGCUGGCGGAGGAAGCGCCGCUGAAAUUGGCCACUUUGAAAGUGUUGCACGCACAUUACACUAUUUUAGCGUAUCUUUACGAUAUGGAAGUGAAAAUGAAAUUGUGGAGGUUGGUCUUAUGUCUGGAUUGA